AGAAGAUGGCGUGGGAUGCAGCCCGGGAGCAUCUUCCCUCCUGGGCGGGAUCCUCCUGCCUCGUCCUGUCCUGCUCCCGAGCUGCCCUGGCGCAGUUAAUCGAGGCCACCACGGAGCCCCCCAAGAAGAAGCCGGACCCCGUGACCUCGGAGACCGUCGUGAUCUGGGGGCUCAGGCUCUGGAUGGUGGUCGGGAUCUUUGCCCUCUUUGUCCUGGCAGUCAUUAUCACCCUGUGCUGCAUCUUCAAGUGCCGGAUCCCGCGCACCAAGAAGGAGAUCGAGGCGCGCUACGCCCAGCGCCAGGCGGCCAAGAACUACGCCGACAAACUGGACACUGUGCCACCCCUCAACGAGCUCACCGAGAUCCCCGGAGGCUCUACUGAAACUCUCCUUCCUCUCUCUGGUCAUGUCCAGCCCAGAGCUCUCAACUCUCUGCCUGUGCUGCAAGAAGAGGAUGAGAUGGCCCUGCAAGGAAAUUAG